GAGAAGGAGGCAGAAAAGCAAGCGGCUAGUAAAAAAAAGCUCAAGCGGUUGAAUCGAAUGAGUGUUGCGGUAUUGAAACAGUUGGCAAAACAUCCUGAGGUUGUAGAGUGGAUUGAUGUGACAUCGUCAGAUCCAAACCUCUUGGUUCAAUUAAAAGGGUACCGCAAUACAGUUCCGGUUCCAGCUCACUGGAGUCAAAAACGCAAGUACUUACAAGGGAAGCGUGGUAUUGAGAAGCAGCCGUUUGAGUUGCCAGAGUUCAUUAAAGACACAGGGAUCAUGGAGCUCAGGAAUGCAGUUAAAGAGAAGGAAGACGCUUCUAAACUGAAGACUAAGACAAGAGAAAGAGUCCAGCCAAAGAUGGGCAAGAUUGAUAUUGAUUAUCAAAAAUUACAUGAUGCCUUUUUCCGAUACCAGACUCGACCCCGUCUCACGAUGCAUGGAGAACUAUAUCAUGAAGGGAAAGAGUUUGAAACAAAAGCUAAGGAAGUCAAGCCAGGCAAUCUUUCCGAAGAACUCAUAGCAGCUCUCUCUAUUCCACCUCUUGCACCGCCUCCAUGGUUAAUUAAUAUGCAACGGUAUGGCCCACCACCAGGAUAUAAAAAUUUGAAGAUCCCAGGUUUGAAUGCGCCCAUUCCAGAAGGAGCACAAUGGGGAUAUCAUCCAGGUGGAUGGGGUAAACCACCUGUAGACGAAUUCAACCGUCCUUUGUAUGGAGAUGUCUUUGGAUCAUCACAGACUCAAAUUAAUUCUGAAUACAUGGAACCAGUUGAGAAAUCACUUUGGGGAGAGUUGGAUCCAGAUGAAGAAGAGGAGGAGGAGGAGGAGGAAGAGGAAGAAGAAGAGGAGGAGGCUGAGCGAGAAACUGGGCAGCACGAGAAGGACGAGGAUACGGAUGAAUUUCAGGAAGGCCUGGUCACACCUAGUGGCAUGCAAAGUGUUGCUAGUGGACUGGAGACCCCUGAUUUUAUUGAGCUUCGAAAGGAUACGAGGAGGACACAGGAUGAAGAUGAUGGUGCACCGAAGUCACUCUACACUGUUAUUCCUCAGAAGCAGACAAAUAUUACAGGAUUCAUGGGAUCACAGCACAUUUACGAUUUGUCGUCGACUACUGCGUCGUCAUCUUCUUCAUCUAAGAAGCGCAAGACAUUUGGCGUUGAAGCAGCAUUGGAUCCUUCAGAACUGGUGGAGAUGGACCAGGAAACACUUCAGGAGAAGUAUGAACAUGGACUACAA